AUGCGUUUCACUGCUGCUUCCAUUGCUUUCUUCGCCGGCCUUGCCGCUGCUCUUCCCGGUGACGUUCAGACCGUCUACGAGACCCAGGAUGUUACCAUCACCUCCUGCGCUCCCAGCGUCACCGACUGCCCUGCUCGUUCCACCUCCACCCCCUCGGGUGCUGACGCCGUGACCGCUACCUCCGCUGCCCCUACCACCAGCGAGACUCCCGUCGAGACUCCCUCCGCCAGCAGCAGCAGCGUUCCCGUCAUCCCUGCUCCCUCCAACACUGCUGUCGCCUCCAGCGUCUCCGUCAUUGCUGUCACCACCUGCGUGCCCACCGUCACCUACAUCACCGUCCCUGUCGCUACUCCUAGCGGCGCUGCCGGUUCUCACACCUCCGUCCCCGUCAUCCCCUCUGCUCCUACCGGCACCCCUUCUCCUAGCGCUACUCCUUCCAUUCCUCCUGGUGGUCUCUCCACUGGCGCUGGUAACACCCUCAGCGGCUCUUUCGUCUUCGCUGGUGCUGCCGCCGUUGCCGCUCUCUUCCUGGCUUAG